UCUGCUGAAAACGAACGGGGCGUGAGCAUUGCGCGUCCGGAGCCUUUGUGUUUCAGCUCUAAUAUCUCACAUAUCAAUAAUUCAGUGCCCAAGCAGACGGACCCCGCGCUAUGUAUUCAACUGCGCUUCAACUCGACAAGGGCCUCGUACCGCUCUCGACUGGUUAUUCGAUUACGGAGUGAGACAAGAAGGCGGGGAGGCUUGAGCUGAGAGGGGAAAAAUAAGUUUACACGUGGAACGACUGGGUAAAGGGAACUCUCCAUGAUUUAAAAAAAGAAACGGGAAAACCAAACCUGUCUUUGACCUUUCCAAAAUUUAGAAAUACACAAGGAUAGCUAUAAUUCAAGAAAGCUAAAGGAGUUUGUCAUUUGGAAAGACUGCAUUCUGUCGAACAUAAUAAGAAUAGCAGGAUACAGCCACGAAGUACAGAGUGAAGUUGCCAUAAUGUUGACGGUAUUACUGGGUGCAGUGUGGCUAGUGACUCUAGUGAACGCUCAGAACGAGACGGAACCCAUCGUGCUCGAAGGGAAAUGUCUGGUCGUUUGCGAUUCUAACCCAACUUCGGAUCCCACUGGGACUGCUCUCGGGAUAUCGGUGCGCUCCGGGAGCGCCAAAGUGGCUUUUUCAGCGGUGAGAAAUACCAACCACGAGCCUUCGGAGAUGAGUAACCGGACUAUGGUCAUCUACUUUGACCAGAUACUUGUAAACGUUGGUAAGAAUUUCGAUGAGGAACGGAGCAAUUUCAUCUCCCCGCGCAAAGGGAUUUACAGUUUUAAUUUCCACGUGGUCAAAGUGUAUAAUCGCCAAACGAUCCAGGUGAGCCUAAUGCAUAACGGAUGGCCUGUGAUCUCGGCCUUCGCUGGGGACCAGGAUGUGACUCGUGAGGCUGCCAGUAACGGAGUGCUGAUCCAAAUGGAGAAGGGGGACCGAGCCUACCUCAAACUGGAGAGAGGAAACCUCAUGGGGGGUUGGAAGUACUCCACAUUCUCUGGGUUCCUGGUCUUCCCCAUGUAGAAGACAAGGAGACUGGAGGGACUAAUGCUUCUCAGCUCGGCGGCUUGGGAGACUGUGGAGUGAGAGAGAGGAUAAAAGAUAGAGGAAGAGAGAGAG